AUGGACGAGCCAGAAAACGAUCAGCAAGAAAGCUCUUUCUCCGCAUCUGAAGCAAUCGAGAGAGAAAUGCGAGAACUUCGUCGAAGAGAUGAAGAAAAACGUCGUCGCAUGAAGCACCUCGCCAAAAACAGAAUCCGUCGACAGAUGAAAUAUAUAGGAGGCGACUUCUCUCUGUUAUUGAAUCAAGAUGUGCCUUAUGACGUCAAGUGCGUCCAGCUAAUAGGUUUUGGUCUUAGCGAUAACAUCUGCACCGCAAAGAUUCUAAUGCCGCUACCGUCCGAACAAGAAGUUCUUAUUCUUGCCCACUCUUGCGGAGUUAAUUAUCACGAUGUCUUAACACGCCACGGUGACUUGGACAAAUGGGCCCGAUCGUCAAGACUUCCCUUAGUUAUGGGAAGCGAAGUAGCUGGAGAGGUUGUCGCACUCGGGAAAGACGUCACAGAAUUUUGCUUGGGGGAUCGAGUUAUGGCUCUACCGGAACGAAAUGCAUGGUGUCAAUACGUUGUUUGCCACGUGGAUCUUUGUUUUAAAAUUCCCGAAAAGAUGAGCUAUCACGAAGCUGUAGCUCUAACAGUUGAUGGAAUCGUAGCUCACAGUCUCCUUUUUCAUAUGGGCAAUCUUAGCCCUGGCCAAGCUGUUCUCCUGCACUCGAAUCCAGGUGGAUUGGAUACAAUGGUGACACAAAUGGCUCGUACAGUACCCCAUAUCCGAAUUUUCAAAGUCGCUACGCACAACGAAGAGGGACAAUGUGACUCGGCUGACGAAACGGUCCAUACUAUUCAACGCAAUACUGAUUACAUUUCUGAAAUUCGCGAACAUUCACCUCAGGGUGUUGAUCUAGUUUUAGACAGGUAUUUUGAUGGUAAUUUCCAUCGCGAUUUUAACCUGCUGAGACCUAUGGGUAAAUAUGUUCUGUUCGGAGAACAAACAUCGUUCUUCCGACAAGUGUUUGCAAUGGCCAGAUCGACCUAA